AUGGCGAACAAGCGGAAGACUCUCCUGGUUCUCCUGCUUAUCGUGUUGAGGGAAGCCGGGCCGACCGCAGCCUGCAGCAGCAGAUGUCGGUCUGACUGUGACUGUGAGAGGAAGGGUCUCAGCAGUGUUCCUCAGGACCUGCCGGCAACCAUCACUAAGCUUAAGCUGCGAUCUAAUCUCAUCACAAGCUUAAAUUUUCACCGCAAUCAGAUUUUAAUAGUUAAUGAGCAGACAUUCUCAAGUCUGACUGAGCUCCAAAAGUUACACCUGACUUUUAACAAUUUAACUAACAUUCAGCCUCAAACAUUUUCAGGUCUAUCUAAGCUUAGAGAGCUCCAGUUAGUGGAAAACCAGAUAACUAGCAUUGAACCUGGUACAUUCUCGAAUCUACCGGAGCUGUGGUAUGUGCAUUUGUGCUGCAACAAACUAACUAAAAUUCUCCCCGGUACAUUCACAAAUCUACCAAAGCUCGACAAUCUGCAGAUACACACAAACAAAAUAACUGACAUUAAGUGUGGCACAUUCGCAGAUUUACCUCAACUCACUCGUUUGGGGCUGCAUUCUAAUCAAAUACGUUGCAUUCAACCUGGGGCAUUUGCAAACCUACCCAAGCUCAUCCGCCUGGACCUGCAUCAAAAUCUUCUGACUAGCAUUCACCCUGAUAUAAUCUCAAAUUUACCCAAGCGUGAGAUGUACAUUGCACUACCGGAAAACCCCUGGCACUGUGACUGUAGAAUGACAGCCCUUUAUUUGUACAAUAGGAAAUUCACACCUUCGAUGGCAUUUCGGGAAUAUAACAAAAUUGUUUGUCAAGAACCUAGUAACCUCCGUAUGAAAAGUCUUGAUGAUAUCAACUCAGAAGAUCUUAUCUGUAAAGAACCAAAGAUUGUGAGGUUUGUCAACAAUAAGAGUGGUACACUGGUGCGAGGGGGAACUCUCUAUUUGGUCUGUGAAGCUUCAGGUAUCCCUACACCAGACAUUACAGUCACCCUCCCAUCUGAACAGAAUGUUACUGUUGAGUCAGAAGGGAGAGUGACUGUGGAGGUGAAUGGUACUAUCACUAUAAGAGAUGUCACUGCAUCAGAUGCUGGUCAGUAUAUCUGUACGGCAAUAAAUCCUGGUGGCUGUUCAUCUGAGACACUGUUUGUUGAGGUACGCACCCCAACAUCAGUCAUGCCAGUUGUAUCCACCAGCGCUGUACAGUCAGAGGGCACU